UUUUCCUUCCCCCCCCUCCCCCAGCAGCCACAAGAUGGUAGUUCCCAACUUGCUGACUUGGAGCUGGAAUAUACCAUGGCCCUAAACAGAAGGAAGAGACUGAAGGAGGAACAUGCCACCCUCAUACAGGGGGAGCUUCUGAAAAUGGAAGAGGAGCUGCAGGCUGAAAAGGGUGAAGGGGAGCCUGCGGGAGAGAUCUGGCGGCUGCAAAGGGAGAGGGAGGUCCUGGUUCUUCAGCUGGAAGUCCUGCGGAGGGAGAACGGCGAGGUUGAGCGAGAUCUGGAGUUGAUGCACAGAAGAUGCUCUGAGGAGCUGGACUCUCACCGAGCACAGAGCCUGCAGGUUUUCCGUGCUUUCCGCCAGGUGUUUGAGGAACAGAAAGACGCCCUAGACCGCCGCUAUCGGACUCUGCUGGGGGAAGCCAUCCAGGAUGCUAUUUACUUGUCUGCACGCAACCAGCAGCUAGAGGCGGAGAAUGCACGGCUACAUGGUGCACUUGCAGAGCUGAGAGAUGCGCUGUCUAUGAAACCGUUUGCCGGAGGCUCUCAGCAUUGUCGGAGAGAUACUGCCACAACCUAAGAUGGAGAAGGAUCGCAGCAUUGCAAAUUCAAAUCACACAGGAGUCUUGCCUGUCUGAAUGUCAAGGGAGAAACAACAAAAACAGCAACACUUUUUUUUACUGUUAUUACUAACAGGGUGUACUAUAACGCACUCCAACUCAACGGCUUCCAAGGCACUUCAGUUUUCAAGAAUCACAGCUUGGUGUAACAGCAAGGAUAUAAGCACAAUAGCAAGUCAAAUCAUCAUCAGCCCCACAGUGCUGUUGGAAUGACAAUCUCACAGCAGCGAUAACCCACCCUUUAAUAUGUGUUGCUACCUCUCAUUAACUAUUGUAAUGCUCAAACAUUGCUCAUACACUAAUGUGUUUUUUUUUUUUACAUAUUUAUUUUACCGUAACUCAAUAAGAACAUUUUUCAAAUGAAACACUACAGCUACAUUCUUGCAUAUCACGUCAAUAUGUACCAAGAAGCAGCUGGAAUUCACAGCAUAUCAUUUAAUAGAUGGGGAUUGUUUUGUUCACUGCAGUAAAAAAUAAAUCUGUUCGUUCCAGUUCUGAAAGCAUCUUUCUACAAAAGUUUGUCCUGUAACAGUAGCUUCUCUAUUUUUGUCUACGUCUCUUCUUGCAAUUCCUUUUCUAUUUUAGCUCAUUUCUCAAUUCAG